GUAUUUUCUUAAUUUGACUGUGCGUUUAUAUCUGCAAGGUUAAAGUUAGAAUGAAGUUUGAACAUUCGCUCAAGUUCAAUGUUGUACCUGAAUGGCAAGAUGAAUAUGUCAACUAUCCUGCUUUGAAGAAAACCAUCUAUCGUCUUCAACAGUUGCAAUUAGGUGAAGAUAUCCAACAACAUCAAGAAGAUAAAACUGUUACUGAAGUUGUAUUGGAACAAGCAAGACUUAGAGAUUCACAAUUGAAAAAAAAUGCAGUAAAUGAUCAUCAUAAUGGAUCUUCAAUUCUGGACCAUGAUACUCUGGAUGGUACUGAUGAAAAGCUUGCAUCAAAGUUGGUUCAUCGUUUUAAAAGAGGUGUUAAGAGUGGGAAUAAUAAAAAUGGAUCUUCUUCUAAUUCUCUUGGCAACGGUAUUUUAGGCAAGUUUUCCGGUGGACAUUCAAAUUCUUCUAUUUCAAAAGGUUCACCAUCAGUUGAAAGUUUUACUGUUGAUUUAGAAAAUUCCACUGUGAAAUCUUUAUUGAUUGAUUUAUUUGAUGAAGUUGAUGAAGAAAAUUCUGAGGUUUUACUUGUUUUCAUUAAGCAAUUAUUAGAACAACUUCUGAAAGUUGAUAGUUUUUAUGCUGUCAAGGAACCAUUGAUUUUCAGUCAAUAUGCAAACUUGGAACAAGAUUUGAAGCGUAAUGAUGUGGAUGUUAAAGAUGUUUAUCGUCGUACCCAAGCAUAUGCUGAAUCUAACCCAGGUGAUGUUGGUCCAGACUUGGAAAAGAGAAAUACUCUUCAAUUUGAAAGAAUGAAUGAAAUUGAUCUUCAACUGGUGAAUUCUGAAGAUGAAGAUGAGGAUGAUGACGAAGAUGAGGAUGAAGAUGAAGAUGAAGAUGAUUACCACAUCCCAGCGGUUAGUUCUGCUCUUUUGGAUCAUUCUCAUUUCCAUGUUGAUCAACAAAAGAGAAUUGCCUUGAAGAAGAAGUCUGUUGAUCUUUUCAUUCAACUUUCUGAACUUAAAUCUUAUAUUGAAUUGAACCGUAUGGGAUUCACCAAGAUUACUAAAAAAUUUGACAAAACUUGCGGAUAUUCUAUCAAGCAAGAUUUUGUUCAAAACUUUAUGCCAAAUAACUCUAGAGUGUUUUUGCCACAAACCAUCGCUGUUUUGGAUGCAAAGAUUCUUGAAGUAACCAAGGUCUAUGCCCUUCUUGUGGAAAAAUUGGAUCAUCAUACUUCUAGAGCUGAUUUAGACGCUGUCAAGCAUGAAUUGAAAGCUCAUUUAAGAGACCAUGUUGUUUGGGAACGUAAUACCGUAUGGAAAGACUUGCUUCUGUUGGAGAAGAAAUCUUAUAACUUGGAACUUCAUAAGUUAGCCUCAUCAUCUAAAAUUGGUGAUGAAGGUAAUGUUCCAAGAGAUUUAAUUUUAAAUUUAAGAUGGAAAAGAUUGGACGUUCCAUUUACCAACAAAUCUAUUAACGUUCCAGCAUCUUUAUUAACUUGGCAAAUUGUUAAAUUGGCUGCGAUUAUCACUUUAUUUGUCGUGUUGAUGACCGUCAAGACCAUGAACGAUCCAGAACAACAUCGUUGUUUGGCUGUUUUGGCCACUUCUGCUGCUCUUUGGGCCACAGAAGCCUUACCUUUGUAUAUUACAUCCAUGUUGGUUCCAUUCUUGGUGGUUACUUGUAAAGUGUUGAAGAACCCUAAUGGAGUUGGUCAUAUGAGUGGUCCAGCUGCUUCUGCUUAUAUCUUUAGUCAAAUGUGGUCCUCAGUUAUUAUGUUGUUGAUGGGUGGGUUUACUCUUGCUGCUGCUUUAUCCAAAUAUAAUAUUGCCAAGGUUGUUUCCUCUUAUAUUCUUGCUGCUGCAGGUACUAAACCAAGAAAUGUUUUACUUGCCAUUAUGUCAGUUUCAUUAUUUUUAUCCAUGUGGAUUUCUAAUGUUGCUGCUCCUGUCUUGUGUUUUUCACUUAUUCAACCAGUUUUGAGAACUCUCCCUACCGAAUCUCCAUUUGCUCAAGCCUUGGUCUUGGGUAUUGCCCUUGCCUCAAAUAUGGCUGGUAUGGCUUCUCCUAUUGCAUCCCCUCAAAAUGUCAUUGCCAUUGAAUCAAUGAACCCUAACCCUGGUUGGGGUAAAUGGUUUGCCGUUGCUCUCCCAGUUUCUAUUAUCGGAAUGUUGGGUAUCUGGGCUGAAUUGAUCUUUACCUUUAAGAUCCAUGAUGUCAAGGUUAAACAAUAUAAGCCAAUCACUGAGAGAUUGACUACUAAGCAAUGGUAUGUCAGUAUUAUUACCGUUGCAACCAUUCUUUUGUGGUGUCUUUUGACUAAGAUGGAUAACUUUUUCGGUGAAUCAGGUGUAAUCUCCAUUGUCCCAAUCAUCUUAUUCUUUGGUACCGGUCUUCUUAAUACCAGUGAUUUGAACAACUUCCCUUGGAAUAUCAUUGUUUUGGCCAUGGGUGGUAUUGCCUUGGGUAAGGCUGUGUCUUCAUCUGGUCUUUUGGCUACUAUUGCUAGAGCUUUACAACAAAAGAUUAUGGACUUUGAUGUCUUUGUCGUGUUGAUCAUUUUCGGUAUUUUGAUUUUGGUUGUUGCUACAUUUGUGCUGCAUACCGUUGCUGCUUUGAUCAUCAUUCCAUUGGUUAAAGAAGUUGGUGAAAACUUGGCUACUCCACAUCCAUUACUUUUGGUUAUGGGUACUGCCUUGUUGGCAUCUGCUGCUAUGGGUUUGCCUACAUCCGGUUUCCCUAACGUGACGGCUAUCAGUAUGACUGAUGAAAUGGGUAAGCCAUACUUGACUGUAAACACAUUUAUCACCAGAGGUGUUCCCGCCUCGAUCAUUGGGUACAUUGUUGUGAUUACCGUUGGGUACGGUAUCAUGACGGCCAUUAACUUUUAGAUUUAAUUGUAAUCAAAAACGAAAACAAAAAAAUUACAUUAGAGUAUACAUAGAAUGUUUAAAAUGAAAUUAAUUUAACGAUUUAUACAAACCAGAGUUUACUUUACUUAUCUUACAUUUAUUUCGGUAUUAAUUGUAUAUUCUUUUCUACGGGAUAUUCUUGUUCAUCUCCGUCAUUAGGUUGUUUUGAAAAUUAUAAAUAACUUAUACUCU